CUCCGCACUCCCAGGCGCGCGGGUCCACCUUCUCCGCAGCCCGGGAGUCAUAGAACGGCCGUCCGACUUCAUCAUGGUGACCCCCGGCCCCACCAGCCCCACCAGCCCCAUGAGCCCCGCCGCCUGGGCUGGGAGUCGGGACGCCCGGAACCUCCGCGCCCCGGUGAAGAAGAGCCGGCGCCCACGCCUACGGAGGAAGCAGCCGCUGCAGCCGCUUAACACAAGCCCGCUCCCGGGAGACUCUGGCGUUUGCGACCUGUUCGAGUCCCCCAGCUCCGGCUCGGAUGGCGCAGAUAGCCCCGCGGCGCGAGGCUGCAGCCCCGCGCCGGGUGCCGCCCAGCAGCUGGCGCAACUCGAUCUGCAGACCUUCCGCGACUAUGGUCAGAGCUGCUACGCCUUCCGCAAGGCGCGGGAAGGCCGCUUCCACCCGCGGGAGUCGCUGGCGCGGCAGCCACAAGUGACGGCGGAGUCCCGCUGUAAGCUGCUCAGCUGGCUAAUCCCCGUGCACCGCCAGUUCGGCCUUUCCUUCGAGUCGCUGUGCCUGACGGUGAACACUCUGGACCGCUUCCUUAUCACCACGCCCGUGGCUGCAGACUGCUUCCAGCUGCUCGGGGUCACCUCUCUGCUCAUCGCUUGCAAACAGGUGGAGGUGCACCCGCCUCGCGUGAAGCAGCUCCUGGCCCUGUGCUGCGGUGCCUUCUCCAGGCAGCAGCUCUGCAACCUCGAAUGCAUCGUGCUGCACAAACUGCAUUUCAGCCUGGGCGCUCCCACCAUCAGCUUCUUCCUGGAGCAUUUCACGCACGCGCGCGUGGAGGCCGGCCAGGCCGAGGUCUCCGAAGCCCUGGAAGCGCAAGCCUUGGCGCGCGGGGUGGCGGAGCUGAGCCUGGCUGACUACGCUUUCACCAGCUACACCCCCUCCCUGCUGGCCAUCUGUUGCCUGGCGCUGGCCGACCGUAUGCUGCAGCUCCCUCGCCCCAUGGACUUGCGCCUCGGUGGGCACCCUGAGGCGGCGCUGCAGGACUGCCUGGGCAAGCUGCAGCUUCUGGUGGCCAUAAACGGAACCUCCCUGACUCAUAUGUUGCCCCUCCAGAUCCGAGAGAAGUGCUCCCUGUCCCCGAGCUCGAAAUAA